UAUCAAAUUCACUUGGUGACAUCUGCUCAAAACUCUUGGAAGCCUUUUCCAUUUCCCCAUAUUCUCUCACCCAUCACCCCUACAAAGCCCCUCUUCAGCCCCUAUGCAACAGUGUCUCAGGUCUCCACCUCUUCUCCUUUCCCCCUUUCCUUUUUGCCUCCCCACUUAACACUGAACAAAAGCUGCGUCUUUCAACUUUUCAUUUUAUGAACAUGCCUAGUUGAAAGAGGCAAAAGAACAAUAGGGAAAACACUGGCUCCUCCUCCUUCGAUCUACAUAAUCUCCAUCAAGAUUAUAUUUGAAUAGAAAUGGGUAUAAAAUCUGAUUGUGCUUCUUCCAUUCUCCUAUGCGCUGAGGACAACAGCAGCAUCUUAACCUUUGGUGAGGAAGAAGAGGUUGAGAGGCAUUGGCCCGAUUGGUCCUUUCAGCCAAAAAGCUGUGAUUUUUAUGGGUCUUUCUUCAUGGAUUUUCCCCUUCUAUCUGAUGAGUGCUUGGGCUUAUUGAUAAAGAGGGAGGUGGAGCAUCUUCCCCGGGAUGACUACGCCAAGAGGCUGAUGAGUGGGUGUAUGGAGUUUUCGAUCAGAAGAGAUGCCAUUGAUUGGAUUCUAAAGGUUCACGCUUAUCACAAAUUUGGACCGUUUAGUGCUUACCUUUCUGUAAAUUAUUUGGAUAGAUUCCUGUCGUCCUAUGAGCUCCCUCAAGGCAAAGCCUGGAUGACUCAGUUGUUAUCUGUAGCCUGCUUAUCUUUGGCUUGCAAAAUGGAGGAGAUAAAAGUCCCUCUAUUGCUUGAUCUUCAGGUGGGUGAGACCAAAUUUGUCUUUGAGGCUAGGACUAUUCAAAGAAUGGAACUUCUGCUGCUAAGCACCCUCAACUGGAGGAUGCAAGCUGUGACUCCUUUCUCCUUCAUAGACUACUUCCUUCACAAGCUCAAUGGUGACAAUUCCCCUUCUGCGACAUCCGUCGCUCGAGCAGUGGAGCUCAUCCUUCGAACCAUUCGAGGUAUUGAUUUCCUUGCAUUCAGGCCAUCUGAAAUUGCUCUGGGCACUACACUAUCGGUGCUUGGUGGAGCACAACCUCUAGAUGCCAUGGAGACCAUCAUUUUCUGCAACAAGAUAGAUAAGGAGAGAGUGCUAAGAUGUUACGAAGUGAUACAGGAGGAAAUAAUAAAUGGUUGUGAAGAUCCAAUGAGUGGGAUUCCAUCAGUUCUUUCUUUGCCACAGAGCCCAAUCGGGGUUCUGGAUGCUGCUUGUCUGAGCUACAAUAGUAAUGAACCGAUAUCUAUCUCCCAAUCAAGUUGGUACCUUUCUUCUCCAGCAGCAAAGAGAAGGAAAAUUAGCUUGUCAUCCACCUCAAUAAGGGGAACAGAGAUUUCUUUUUGAUUCAGUAUUGAUUAAAGAGUCUGAGCGGCUCAAUGAUUAUAUGUUAUUGAGUUUGAUUUGGUGUGAAUGAGAGCUCUGAAUUGUUCUGGAGAUUUUUUAGGAGAUGGAUGAAAACUUGAAACAGAGAAGGAAAAAAGAAGGAAAAGAACAGUUGCCAAUGAUUUUUCAAGAUGAACAGGAAGAAAAAUAGAAGAAUGAGAAGAAAGGCUUCUGUGUGUUUGCUGUUCUUCUUCUGUUUCCAUUUUUAUUAAAAAAAUGAUAAUGACCAUUUUCGGGAUAACAAAUUAAAAUUUUGGUUUGCUUUCUCUAAUGCCAGAACAAAGAAGCAGUAGAGAUAAUUGUUUUGGAGAAUAUUAUUAAGUUAAACUAAAUUUGCUGUAA